AACGUGGUCCUCGUUCACUUUCCCACGAUCGUAGUGGGCCACGGGCCAGGCACACACCUGGCUCGUCUAUAUAACAGGCGGUGGCUCCCGCUUGCGGUAACCAUUUCACGUCAGGCGUUAGCUGCGGAAGCUUCGCAUGCCGUUAGCUCUGUUACAGCUCGUGUCGCGUGUUACGAAACCUGCGGAGCGCUAACCAAGUUCUGAACUUUGCUAUCAAAUUUUGUGUGCAGUGUCAUAUUUUGUAAAGACUUUUAUUUUGCUUUUCUGUGUUUUGUGUGUAAUCUGUUUUCUUCACAUCAAGAUGCUGCAUGACACAAUCAUGACUGUUGAUAUGGAGCAACUUCAACCAAUUUCUAGAACAUACCAGUACAGAAAGGUUAUGAAGCCCAUGCUGGAACGCAAAAGGCGGGCCCGCAUAAACAAGUGUCUCGACGAGCUGAAGGACCUAAUGGUAUCCGCACUGCAAGCCGAAGGUGAAAACGUCAGCAAACUUGAGAAGGCGGACAUCCUGGAGCUGACAGUGCGUCAUCUACACAAGUUGCGGCGACAACAGAGGCUGUCCGCCAAUCCGGUCACAGACGCUGACCGUUUCCGUGCUGGCUUCACCCACUGCGCCACGGAGGUGUCCCGUUGCCUAGCAGCCACACCUGGAGUAGACGUCAAACUGGGCACUAAGCUGAUGACACAUCUUGGUCACCGUCUCAACGAUAUGGAUAAGACGUCACCCUUGUCAGUUCAAGUGGGUUUGUCAUCCCACCCUACCGCAGGCUAUAACACACCCCCAGGUUCUCCUGUGCCUCCCCUGAGCACUUCCAGUGAAGGAAGUGCGGCUGUAGUUCCAGUUUCCGUCAUCGCUACUGCUUCUUAUUAUGUCAUGCCACUUACACCUGCAUCUUCUACGUCGUCGAGUAGCUGUGGAAGGAAUUCCACUUCGCCAACGACCGCCACCAUUGGUGCUGAUUGCGGAGGUGGCCUUCUGAAGCUGGCAGAUGUCGCGCUGAAGAACGAAUCGGCUGAGCCUAUUUGGAGACCGUGGUAAUUUUUUUGUUUCGAUCAAGUUCUGAUGGGAAACGACAGAGUGCAGCAGUUUUCUUGCAGAAAUUUUUAACACAUACAUGGACAGUUAUAAAUUAUCUUAUUUUGUUGCUUAAAUUAAUUCAUAGGCCAUUUCCUCCGGAAAUAUAGGUAUCAAAUAAUGGCUCUUCAGCAUUUCCUGUCAUUAGUUUGAAACACGAAUAUUGUUUUACCUUUACAAGUAAUCGCAGCUCUUGUUUUCCAGCCUUAGCUGUUGUUUAUUUCAUAAAUGUUAAAAUUAUAGCCUAUAAGAAUCUUGAAGGAUUUGGUCUGUGAAUUUAGUUUAGCUCUGUAGUAAUUAUUUUCCAUUAUGGGUUAAAUGAUGUACAGUCUUCACUCAUGAUAAUCUGGUUUAUUUUAGUCCUACAAACAUGGGCGUCUCACUAUAAAGUCUUUCGUAUGUUUUUUUUUUAAUAACAA